AUGUGUCGAGCAUUUGAUCGUACAAUACACAGUGAUUGCUUUCAAUGUUCGACGUGCGGUAGCUCGCUCAAGAACCAAGGACACCAUUUUAUCAACGACAAAUUUUAUUGCGACAUCCAUGGCCGUCAGCUUAGAGGAGGCAAUAACGUCGCAAGGCGUGAUGAGACCCAUUGGUCUACCGCACGGAGGCCUAAAAUGAUUCCAACUUCUGACAAAGACACUUUGCUAACUCCAUAUCAGCCGGAUGUUUCGACUCGGCAGUCGAUUUCAAUCAGUCCAACACCAUGGAAGACACAAAGUCCCAUCAGUCCAAGCAAUCGAGGUGUGCCACCAGCAGCUACUCAAUAUGGUCAUGAAUUGAAUGAACUGAGGAAGGAAAUUUACAGUUCAUCAAUGAGUUCAGUCAAUAGGAAUCCGUAUAUUAAACCAACAAAUCUUCGUGAACCGCAAAAUGACGAACUGACGAAAGGUCGAGGUACACUUCAUACUCAAAGUAACUGCGUAUCACGCUGCGAAGAUUGCAAACAAGAAAUAAGGGGCGCAUACGUCUUAGCUAAUGGAUUAGCAUAUUGUCCAGAUCAUUUUAUAUGCUCCAACAGAGCAUGUGGUCGCAAAUUGUUGGAUAUUGGCUUUGUAGAAGAAAACGGACAUAAAUAUUGCGAGCGUUGCUUCGAAACUGAAAUUGCUCCACGCUGUGCCAAAUGCAAUCAGCCGAUAACUGCUGAUUGUCUAAAUGCGCUUCAGAAACAGUGGCAUCCACACUGCUUUGUUUGCACACAUUGUCAUAAUCCAUUUGGAAAUUCUGCAUUUUUCCUGGAGCAAGGACAACCAUAUUGUGAAACAGAUUGGAAUACACUAUUCACAACCAAAUGUGUGUCAUGCCAUUACCCGAUAGAAGCUGGCGACAGAUGGGUGGAGGCACUGGGCGCUGCAUUCCAUUCAAAUUGCUUUAACUGCACGGUUCUAAUCAGAUAUUUGUCGUUUAAACCUGUAUUUCUUCACUAUCCAGUUAAAAUGACCGAUAUAAAUGAGCAUGAUCGCCCGCAGCAAACCAGCGAAAAGCACCUGAAUAAAGAUGAAAAAGGAUGA